UUAAGAUAAUAACAAAAUGCAUAAUUUUCAAGAUUCACAAGACUCGUGAGGAAUUCAAGGGCCGUCAAAUAAAAAUAAACAAAUGUUCUACUUAAAAGAAAGCAAACAAAUGAAAAGGAAUCAAGCAAGAUUAAUUGGCUAAAACAGGGUAUUUAAAUUUUCUUUUUGUACAUUUGUUAAAAAAAGAAAGAAAAGUCUUUUGAUACAUAAAGGCAAUUAUAAUCUAGUCAGUUGUAAAGAUACGUGUCGUUUUCUUGAAUAAAUUAUGUCUUGUAAUUAAGAUAUAAUUCUCAUGAGGACAUCCGACCAAUAAAUAUUUAUACGUUACAUUUCAAUAACGUAAUAUCACAUAUUUAUAUAAUUUUUCAUGAUAUUGUGUUAUUAAUUUGAACACCAGCAUGACACGAUAAUGUAUCUAAUUCAUUUAACGUCUUAGUUCAAUAAAUACUUAUCACAUAAUAAAUAAGUGAAAAAUAAAAUCUCUCCCGACUCUCAACCUAUGUGCAAUUGUACUUGAUUUCGAGUGUGUGUCUCUAAUCUCGCAAAUUAGAGUAGUUUAAAGUAUCGACUCGUGAAAUAGAAAUAAUCGAAUAGCUGUAAAGUCCGCCCCCAAAAGCCCCCGGCCAACAGAUUCCAAGUUUCCAACGGCAAAAGAAGAUCACCUCCCUCUCUCUCUCUUUCUCGCCAUUCCUUUUAACCAGACACUGACACUCUCCCCAAAUCAGUUCACCAGAAACAAACGGAAAAUCAAAUUCGAACCAAUCAAACAGAAAUUCCGUUAACCCAUCUCUCAAAAUCCCCGAAAAUACCCAAAUCCAACGUCAAGUUCCGACCUUUUUGUCCCCUCAUUUCUCAGACAAAUUCGAAAUCCGAUGGCCGGAACCCUGUUCUCGAAGCUCUCCGACGACGUCGUUCUGAACAUCCUCUUCAAGCUCGAGGAGGACCCGCGGAACUGGGCUCGGCUCGCCUGCUCCUGCACCAAGUUCUCCUCCAUGAUCCGCAACGUCUGCUGGAAGACCAAGUGCUACAAGGUCAUCCCCUCCGUCGUCUCCGCUCUCCUCACCGGCUCCACCGAGCCUGCCGGCGGCUGGGCCGCCCUUCACAAGCUCGCUGUCUGCUGCCCUGGCCUCCUCCACUCCGGCGUCCUCUUCGAGAACUCCGACUUUGGGCUCGAGCGCGAGCUCGGUCCCGACGAGAAUUACCGGAGAUUGGACUCCAAUCCGGUCGGCGCAUCUGCGGCGGCGAAUCCUCCGACCGAGGCUUCCUCGAGCCAAAUUGGCGCGAAUCAGGAGGUGGGAUCUUCUGGAAAUGAUUGUUCUUGGUCUCUGUUCGAUGAUCUUUAUUUCGAUACAGUCUAUAACGAUUCUGAAGCCCAUCAAGAGCAAGAUAAUCCCCAAUUAGAAUCAGCAGCGGCGGAGGCGGAUCAAGUCGCCGUGGAGAAUGGCGCCGUUCGAGUGGGCGGCGAAUUUUCGAUUUGCAAGAAAAGGAAGGUCUGCAGACCGAUGAGGUCGCAUUUGGCUUCUGGGGUCUGGAAUCUGAGCCGUGAGCAGGGCAACAAGCUUCUCCACAGCCGGUUCCGCGGCGAUCGCUUGUACAUUUGUGAUUGGCCCGGCUGCGUGCACAUCGAAGAGAAACGAAAUUACAUGCUUUUCAGAGGGAUUUUCAAGGAUUUCAAGGGGUCCCAAGUGUGGAGGACGAUCAAGGAUGGGAACCGCAGCAAGAUUGAUCUGAACUGCGCGUUUUGCGCCUGCAAAGACACUUGGGAUUUGCAUUCUGCCUUCUGCUUGAGGCGGGUUUUCGGGUACCAUGACGAUGGCGAGCCGGUUGUUCGAGCUUAUGUCUGUGAAAAUGGGCACGUCUCUGGGGCUUGGACUGACCUGCCAUUGUACUCUUGACACCUAACGGUUAAAAAUCUCAGAGUAUAAGAUACUCCGAAGCACCAUGGAGUUUUCGCUCUCGAGAAUCCGAGGAAGAAGGAUUGUGUUUUUAUUUCAAUGUACGUCAGUUUUUUCAAGAGUUGCUUCUGUAAUCUUUGUGUUUUCAAAGCCUUAUUCGUUGUAUUGUUGUAUUGCUGUUUGCGUUUCAACAAAGAUGUAUAAUUUCAAUGUCAUGUUGUAAGAUUUUGAUAAGAUUCUAAAUUUAAAUUGAGAUUUCGAA